AUGGCGAAAAAGAAGGGGAAGGCAAGCCCCAACAAGAAGCGGGCUGGCGGUGAGUCAGGUAGCGCCUCUUCGUCGUCGUCGUCGUCCACCGAGAACCCGGGUGGAGAGUCUGCGCGCCGCGACGAU